UCGGGGAAGCGGGCGGCUGCAGCAGGCGCAGCCAUGGACGGCGUCUCCGGCCUGGGCUCGCCGGCCCUGGAGAAGAACGUGGCCGAGCUGACCGUGAUGGACGUGUACGACAUCGCGUCGGCGGUGGGCCAGGAGUUCGAGCGGCUCAUCGACCAGCACGGCUGCGAGGCCAUCGGGCGCCUCAUGCCCAAAGUGGUGCGCGUCCUGGAGAUCCUGGAGCUGCUGGUCAGCCGCAACCACAUCAACCCGGAGAUGGAGGAGCUGCGCCUGGAGCUCGACCGCCUCCGCCUGGAGAGGGUGGAUCGCAUCGAGAAGGAGAGGAAGCACCAGAAGGAGCUAGAGCUGGUGGAAGACGUCUGGAGAGGGGAAGCUCAAGAUCUCCUCACCCAAAUCGCCCAGCUCCAGGAAGAGAAUAAACAGCUGAUGACCAACCUCUCCCACAAGGACGUCAACUUCUCGGAAGAAGAGUUCCAGAAGCAGGAAGGAAUGUCUGAAAGGGAAAGACAAGUGAUGAAGAAACUGAAGGAAGUAGUAGAUAAACAAAGGGAUGAAAUCAGAGCAAAGGACCGUGAACUUGGUCUUAAAAACGAGGAUGUAGAAGCCCUUCAGCAACAGCAAAACAGGUUAAUGAAAAUCAACCACGACCUUCGCCACAGAAUCACGGUUGUGGAGGCUCAGGGGAAAGCUCUGAUUGAGCAGAAAGUAGAGUUGGAGGCCUACCUCCAGACCAAGGAGCAAGAGAUGGGAGCACUGAGGGCUGAGCUUGGAAAGCUCCGAGAAAAACUGCAGGGAGAGCCCAGUCAAAAUGGAGAAGAAAUCCAGGCCGAAGAACCAAACAACGAUGAAUACAUCUCAGAAUCUGAGAAGAUAGCCAUGGAUUUGAAGGAUCCCAACCGCCCGAGGUUUACUUUGCAAGAGCUGCGGGAUGUUUUGCAUGAGAGAAAUGAACUGAAAUCUAAAGUUUUUCUGCUGCAAGAGGAGCUUCUGUAUUAUAAGAGUGAUGAGGCUGAUGAAGAAAUGAGGUCUCCUCAACCCACAACCAUUAUUCAUUCAAAACCAUCCACUCAGCAGGAAUCUGGAAUCAAACGACUGUUUAGUUUCUUUUCCCGUGAUAAGAAACGGAUGCCAGCGAUGCAGAGGAAUUCCCCCUUCCAGAGUUCCUUUGGCGAGUGGGCCAGCUCCAACAAAGACGAUGCCUACACCGAACAAGGCCUGGAGGCCCUACAGCACCUGUGACUGGAGCCCAGGGAUUUUGGUUGCUAUGGUAACAGCACAAGAAAAUAUGAAGGAACUUGUCUAGUGGAUUGUGGCACCUGUUCUCCCCAUUCCCAACCCCUUACCCAGUUGGAAUGAGGGGUUUCUUUUUCCACACAGAAUCCCUUGAUGUUUACUUGGUGACUGCACUCCAAAAGCAAGGUCUUAGGGCCUCUGUAGAAGCAAUGGCAUUGCAUACUCUGCUGCAGCCACCCUGCAGGGUCAUUGCUGUGUGCUAAUUUAACAAGCCUGCGGGUUGUUUUUGAAAGCUUGCAUUCACUUCACUUAACAAAAGUUCACUUUAAACCAAAAAGAGAGAUCUAUGUUGUUGCUGAAGAGUUGCAUUCAAGGUCCUGCUAACGUCUGAAGACUCCCCUUGCCCAAUUUAUUGGGGAUGGGAACUUUGUCAUGAUCAUUCAGCCGUCGUCUUCCUCUAACGAUUGUUCUAGAGAAGUGGCGUCUAGUCAUAGCUGUCAUGCUCAAAUGCAGGUCCUGUUUGCAGCUGAAGCAGCACCUUCCUUUUGCAGGAAUGAAUCCAUGGUGGAAAAUGACUAAUGCAACAUACUGGAAUUGGAUCGCCUUCCAAAUGGAUCAGGACUAUGUAUUAUUAUUUUUGGUUUGUUAUUUAUAGUGCCUAAAGCAUGGUGUACAAGGUGAUGGUGCCUUGCAUUUUUGCUAUGAAUUUUCUGAUGUAUUAAUGGAAACUAAACAUCUGAAAUUUAUGCUAA